UGCUGCCUAAUUGCUGAACGACAAACGCAGUAAAGCGCCCUGCAGCCAGAAACUCAAAUAUACAAGACUACAAGCAAACGGAAAUAACCUUUUGUUAACUUUCAUUGUACCGCUAAUUCGUUUUAUGCACAGCUAAAGUUUAGAAAAAGCAACAUGGACAUCCGAAGGGAUCUUCAAAAUGAAGAGUCUAAAGCCUACAAGUUUAUUCAGCAGUUCAGCUGGCAAGGACAACACAGCCGAACUAUUUAAAGAAGUGGUCUAAUGGUAAAAUACCCGUGUGAUGUGGUGAAAAACUGGCAUUUCUACAUCUUCGCUUACUGUAAAGUGGAUGAACAUCAUCUGUGAGAAGAGUUGAAUCAUGAUUUACGUUCGAAGAGUUGGUCCCCUUGUGCUACACACGAGACAGAGAAACAGAAAAAAGUUGAAAUUCAUUUUGAUGGUGGCUGCUUUCAUGAUAUCCAUGGGCCUUGUCCUCAAACUCCUGCAAAUUAAUCCAGAAGUUACAUUAUCAAAUUUAAUAGAAAGGUCAGUGGAUGAAAUGCAUUUAGUCCCGUCGAAACCUGAUGUUGGUAAAAAGAUGAUGGAAAUCAAACCUAAUGUGCCUAAAGCCAAAUGUGGCCUGGCCAAACCAUGUCCUGCAGGUGGUUUGGCCUUUAAGAUGUACAGCGGUGCAACUAAUAUAGUUGGACCCCAAAUAUGCUUUGAUGGAAAAAUGUUAAUACAGAAAGAGACACGAGGUAACUGGCUUGGAAUUAAUAUUGCUGUUAUCAAUGAAGAAACGGGUGAGCACGUCAAAACUGGCAGCUUCAAUAUGUGGACUGGAAAGGUUGAAGAGUUAAUAGAGUUUCUGAAGUCAAUAGAGGAUGGUUCUUUUGUGCUGAUUACCACUUUUGAUGAUCCAUACACAAAGCUAAAUGAGGAAGCAAGGACGCUUCUUGCAGAGCUUGGCAGUGCAUUUAUAUCUAAAAUCGGUUUCAGAGAUAACUGGAUCUUUGUGGGAGGAAAAAACACCUUAGCCCGAGUCUAUUUUGAGCAGCACAUGAAGAAUGACCGGGACACCAAUAAGUAUGAUGGAUGGCCAGAAAUGAUAGAGAUGGAAGGUUGCAUACCAAGAUUACGCUGAUUUUCCUACUGCACCAAAGAACAGUUGCUUGUCACUUUUAAAUCUGCCACUGGAAGCUAUUUUGCCAUCUUUGGGUAUCAUUUCCCCCAACCCCAAUGAUGUAAUUAAAAACAUGCGUGUGCAUUGGUUUGGAUACCAAUAUAUGGGAAUAUGUACUGAGAAACUUGUACUUGAGUGUGAGACGCUUUUGAUAUAAAAAUAAAAAAUUCAUCAUAUUUAACGUUUUUUUUUUCCUAAAAAUUUAAUUAUACAGGCA